AUGGAGAAGAUCCGCUCCGCGGGGCUGCUCAGGACGCAGGGGCUCAUCGCUGGGAAGUGGGUGGACGCUUACGACGGGAAGACCAUCACGAAACACCUUUACGAUUUCGAAAAUGAACUUUUCCUCUUGUUUGGGUUGCAUACGGAGAUAUUUGUUUCGAUAUGUCAUGAGCUAAUGGAUUGCUUAAACUGGAGAGUACAGAAUGAGAUUGACAGCGUGUUAGCUAAACCCAUUCUGCCAUCUGAUUUAUAUAGAGCCAUUCGAGACACGCUACUUGUUGGAUUGACAGGGUACUCCAAGCAGGGACAACCUGUUUAUGCAUUUGGUGUAGGUCUUAGUACUUUUGACAAGGCCUCGGUAGCAAAACUGUCCUUGGAAAAAGAAUUAAAGCUGUUGAUUUAA